AUGGAGCAUUUAGAGCUGAGCCUGUCGUCACUGGCCACCAUAUCCAGACAUGUUGACAGAAGUCACAGCGAGCUGAGCCAGUAUCUGUCCAAGCAGAUAUGGAGCCAGCAGGACAGGCAGUGCAUUCUGGAGUGUGUGGCUCAGCUGCUGUUGGAGAAGGAGUACACACUGCUUAUUGCUCGCCACCUGCGGCCGCUGGUCCUGGAUCUGUUGGAGCGCAACGCAGAGAGGGUCAGAGCUGGAGGCAAGAUCAACCAUGACCUCCACGAGCGCCUGUGUGUCGCCCUCAGCAAGCUCCUCGGCAUCAGUCCUGAUGCUCAGGCGUUUGCUGCGAGGUACUUCAAUGAUGCCCCUCCAGUAUUUCAGAGGCUGUUCUUCACCAGUGAAGAGUCCUCAGCUGUUCAGUACGGCCCCAGGAGGAUGAAGCUGCGUGACCUCAUGGGUGCCACCCUCCGUUUCCUCCAGAGUGAUUGUGCCAAGUUUCGAAUGCUCUGGGACUGGAGUCCCUGCGUGUCCCAGCUGCUCACUAGUGAUGUGAUGGUGCGAGGGUACACUGCCCAUUGUUUAGCGCUGGUCUCUCAUAUGACUGAUAAUCAGAAAAGCAUCUUCCUGAGGAAGGUACUGACGAGUGAUGAGAUCCUGCACAUGAAAAUUAAAGCUUUGGAAGAAACUCAGCAGCUGGAGGUAGAAAAGGCCCUGGUGCUAGCCAAUCAGGGCUCUGUGAUGUGGCGCCAGGAGAAAGCUAAUAAGUUUACCAGGGGCAUGGUGGUAUCGGAGGACCUGUCCCAGAAUGUGGUAGCAGUGUGUGGUGUUGUCCUACCCAGGAUCGUUCCUAGACAGGCGGAACAGAGGAACCAGAAAGAUCUGGUGCUGGUGGACUCGACCUGCCGCAAUCUGAGAAGACUGGCGUUGGCUGUGGCUUCCCAGACGCCUGUUCUGCUGGAGGGUCCCAUUGGAUGCGGUAAAACUGCCCUGGUUGAGUUCAUGGCUGCCGUCACUGGACAUACAAAAGCUACAGAGAUCCUCAAGGUCCAGCUCGGGGAUCAAACUGACAGCAAGAUGCUGCUCGGGAUGUACCGGUGUACUGAUAUACCAGGGAAGUUUGUGUGGCAGCCAGGGACGCUGACGCAGGCUGUAUCUAAAGGCCAGUGGAUCCUCUUGGAAGACAUUGACCAUGCGCCUUUGGAUGUGAUAUCUGUGCUCCUGCCUUUGAUGGAGAAUAAAAAGCUGAUGAUUCCAGGGCGGGAGGAUUGUAUUGAUGUUGCUCCUGGAUUUCAGUUUUUUGCAACAAGAAGAAUGUACCUCAGUGGUGGCAGCUGGCACAAACCACAGAACUCUCAUGCAGCGCUGCUGGACAAGUACUGGACCAAGCUGCAAAUGGGCAACAUGACACGAGAAGAGCUGAAGAAGGUGCUCAUUAGCAGGUAUCCACAGCUGACGGUGGUAUCAGACCGUCUCCUGGAUAUCUUCUGCCAGCUGACUGGGGACAAACACUCAGACCUGGACACAAGCUGCCUCCAACCCCCCGUGGACAGCCAGCAGGACAACAGCCCCCUGCUGGAGGGGAGGGCACUGUCACUGAGGGACCUGCUGAAGUGGUGUGAGCGGAUCAGUGUUAACUUUGACAGCACAUCCUCAGCCACAGCACAACAUGUCUUCCAAGAGGCUCUGGACUGCUUCACAGCCAUGCUGUCUCGGCCUGACAGUCGACUGCGAAUGGCCGAGAUCAUCGGAAGCAAGCUCAACAUCUCCAAAGAGAAGGCGCAACACUUCUGCCAGAUGUACCAGCCGGGCAUCUCGCUGAGCGAGCUGGAGGCAACGGUGGGCAGAGUGACUCUGAGUCGGAAACAGACUGAAGCGGUGCAGCUGAGUGUGGACGUGCAGACCUUUGCUGCCACGCGUCCCGCUGCUGUGCUGCUGGAGCAGCUGGCCGUGUGUGUGGCCAAAGCAGAGCCUGUUCUCCUGGUGGGAGAGACGGGGACUGGAAAGACUUCCACCGUCCAACACCUGGCCAGAGUCACAGGACACAGGCUGCGGGUUGUGAACAUGAACCAGCAGAGUGACACUGCCGACCUGCUCGGAGGGUACAAGCCAGUAGACCACCACCAGAUCCUGCUCCCUCUGCGGGAGGCCUUUGAGGACCUGUUCUCCCAGACUUACUCGAGGAAGCAGAACCUGACCUUCCUGGGUCAUGUGCAGACCUGCUUCAGGGGGAAGCGCUGGCAGGAUCUGCUCAAACUCAUGGACCACGUGUGCAAGUCUGCGCUCACUAAGGAGCUGCAAGAGAAAGCAAACGCUGCCUUGCUGCAGGAGCAGUGGGAAGCGUUGGCUGCCAGGCUGAACCAGACCCAGCAGCAGAUCCGAGCCUGUGAGGCAGCCAUGGUCUUCGCCUUUGUAGAGGGAACAUUAGCUCAGGCAGUGAAGAAGGGCCAGUGGAUCCUGCUGGAUGAGAUCAACCUGGCGGCGGCCGAGACUCUUGAGUGUUUGAGUGGACUGCUGGAGGGCAGCGCCGGAUCUCUGGUGCUGCUGGACCGGGGAGACACCGAGCCUCUGCUCCGCCACCCAGACUUCCGUCUCUUUGCCUGCAUGAACCCAGCUACUGAUGUGGGCAAGAGAAACCUGCCGCUGGGCCUCAGGAACAGGUUUACUGAACUGUAUGUGGAGGAGCUGGAGAAUGAGGGGGACCUGCAGAUUUUGGUUUCAGACUACCUCAGGUUCCUGAAGCCCCCCAGGAGUGUUAUCAGUGGCAUCAUCAGUUUUUACCUGUCCGUACGAAAGGAGGCCACCUCCCAUCUGGUGGAUGGGACGGGCCACAGACCCCACUACAGUCUGCGUACUCUGUGCAGGGCUCUGAAGUACGUGGCAGCAAACCCCUGUAACAGUGUGCAGCGCUCACUCUACGAGGGGUUCUGCCUGAGCUUUCUCACUCAGCUGGAUAGAAGUUCCCACCCUGUGGUCCAGAAAUUGGUGUGUCAGCACAUCCUGAUGGGGAACACCAAGUGUCUCAAACAACCCAUCCCGGCGCCCUCAGAUCGCCGCUGCGUGGAUGUGGAGGGCUACUGGGUGUCCCAGGGGGAGAUGGAGCCGGCUCUGGACCCCAGUUACAUCCUCACCGCCUCAGUCAAACUCAACCUCCGCGACCUCGCCAGAGUGGUAUCUGCAGGGACUCACCCGGUGCUGAUCCAGGGAGAGACGUCUGUGGGGAAGACCAGCCUGAUCCGCUGGCUGGCUGCAGCCACGGGCAACCAGUGUUUGAGAAUCAACAACCACGAGCACACUGACAUCCAGGAGUACAUAGGCUGCUACUCAUCAGACGCCCGGGGCAUGCUGGUGUUCAAAGAAGGUGUUCUGAUAGACGCCAUGAGGAAAGGCUACUGGAUCAUCCUGGACGAGCUGAACCUCGCCCCCACCGACGUCCUGGAGGCUCUCAACAGGCUGCUGGACGACAACAGAGAGCUCUUUGUGGCCGAGACGCAGGAAGUCAUCAAGGCGCACCCUAGAUUCCUGCUGUUUGCUACCCAGAAUCCCCCUGGUCUCUACGGCGGUAGAAAGGUGCUGUCCAGGGCUUUCAGGAAUCGCUUUGUGGAGCUGCACUUUGAUGAGCUGCCCAGUGGAGAGCUGGAGACCAUCCUCCACCAGAGAUGCAGUCUGCCUCCGUCCUACUGCACCCGGCUGGUCAAAGUCAUGCAAGAGCUUCAGUCCUUACGCAGGGGAUCUUCUGUGUUUGCGGGGAAACAAGGCUUCAUCACCCUCCGAGAUCUGUUCCGUUGGGCAGAUCGCUACAGGCUGGAGGAGCAGGCCGACACCUCCCAAGACUGGCUGCAGCAUUUGGCUGACGAUGGGUACAUGCUGCUGGCAGGACGUGUGAGGAAGCCCGAGGAAGAGGCUACUAUUGUGUCCAUCCUGGAGAAGCACUUCAAGAGGACGGUGAACCCUGAAAGCCUGUUCUCUCAGAAACAGGUCACAGGCCAGUUCAGUCCCUUCAUCGACAGCAUUGCCGGGGUCCCAGAGGAGUUUCGCCAUGUGGUGUGGACUCACAGUAUGAGAAGACUGGCUGUGCUGGUAGGACGGGCUCUGCGGUUUGGGGAGUCUGUCCUUCUCGUAGGAGACACUGGAUGUGGAAAGACUACAAUCUGCCAGCUGUUUGCUGCUCUGGCUGCACAGAAGUUUUUCUCAGUCAACUGUCACCUACACAUGGAGACGUCUGACUUCCUGGGAGGCCUGCGGCCUGUCAGACACACACAUCAGACUGAUGGAGAGGACAGCAGGCUGUUUCAGUGGCAUGACGGUCCCUUGGUGCUGGCCAUGAAGGAGGGAGGAGUGUUUCUUCUGGAUGAGAUCUCCCUGGCAGACGACUCUGUGCUGGAGAGACUCAACAGUGUUCUGGAGACGGAGAAGUCCCUGGUGCUGGCAGAGAAGGGCAGCGGAGACAACGACGAUGUGGAACUGAUCCGAGCAGCUGCAGAUUUCCGGCUGGUUGCCACCAUGAAUCCUGGAGGAGACUUUGGCAAGAAGGAGCUGUCUCCGGCCCUGAGGAACCGCUUCACAGAGAUCUGGUGUCCUCAGAGCAACAGCCGCGCUGACCUGGUCCAGAUCAUCCAACACAACCUGCGCUCAGGCCUCUCGCUCGAUGGCAGCGACAUCGCCGAGCUGAUGCUGGACUUCAUCGAGUGGCUGACCCAGCAGGAUUUUGGCCGCCGCUGCAUCCUGAGCGUCAGAGACGUCCUGUCGUGGGUAUUCUUCCUCAACACAGUGUGCGAGCGGGACGAGGACGGCUUCAUGACCAUGGGAGCCUUGGACGACGAAGAAGAGGCAGAGUGGGACCUCAGACUGGACACUGUUACCGCCUUUAUCCACGCUGCAUGUCUGGUCUACGUGGACGGCAUCGGCUCCGGAACCACAGUGUCAUCUGCAGACAGCGCCCUCCUGGCCCGCAGGCUGUGCCUGGGCUACCUGCAACAGCGGCUGAGCAAGAUGACCAAGCUGGACCAGGAGAUGCUGGACGCCCUCAGAGUGUAUGACAGCAGACUGCCGCGGGAACCCCAGUGGGGCGAAGACUUCUUUGGCAUUGACCCCUUCUACAUUGCUUUAGGGCCUAACACUGAGAGCCGGGACCUGUCGGACUACGCCAUGGCAGCGGGCACUACCGCCGUGAACGCCCAGAGGCUCCUGCGGGCGCUGAAGCUGCAGAGGCCGGUGCUGCUGGAGGGCUCCCCGGGCGUGGGGAAGACCAGUCUGGUGGCAGCGCUGGCCAAAGCUUCUGGGAAUCAUCUGGUCCGAAUCAACCUCUCAGAGCAAACGGAUGUCACUGAUUUGUUUGGAACAGAUCUCCCUGUGGAGGGGGGGAAAGGAGGAGAGUUUGCGUGGCGCGACGGGCCCCUUCUGGCUGCUCUGAAGGCUGGCCACUGGGUGGUCCUAGACGAGCUGAACCUGGCCUCCCAGUCGGUGUUGGAGGGCCUGAAUGCCUGCUUCGACCACCGAGCAGAGAUCUACAUUCCUGAAUUGGGAAUGAGCUUCCAGGUCCAGCAGGAGAAGACCAAAAUCUUUGGCUGCCAGAAUCCCUUCACGCAAGGCGGCGGGCGUAAGGGACUGCCCAAAUCCUUCCUCAACCGAUUCACUCAGGUGUUUGUGGACCAACUCACGAGCAAAGACAUGGAGUUCAUCGGAGACUCCAUUUUUACCAGCAUUGAUAAGGAAAUCAUCGCUAAAAUGGUGGAGUUCAGUAACCGGCUUGUUCAGGAGGUGAGUGUGGAGCGCCGCUGGGGCCAGAGAGGAAGCCCCUGGGAGUUCAACCUGCGUGACCUGUUCCGCUGGUGUCAGCUGAUGCAGGCAGACCAGUCCCCAGGGUUUUACAACCCAGGCCAGCACGUGGCCCUGGUGUACGCUGACAGGAUGAGGGCCGAGGCUGACAAGGCUCAGGUUCUGUCCGUGUUCAGGAAGGUGUUUGGGGAGGACUUUGAGCCUUACAGCGGCUCCAGACAGUUCCACAUCACUCCACUCAACCUGCAGGUGGGCUUCUCGGUCCUGCAACGCAGCGGUGGAGCCCCUGUAGCGCUGGACCCCCCACUGUCCAUCACACACCAGGCGCUGCGGCCCCUAGAGUCCCUGAUGAAGUGUGUGGAGAUGGGCUGGAUGACCAUACUGGUGGGCCCUACAGCCAGCGCAAAGACCAGCCUGGCGCGGCUGCUGGCUCUGCUGACGGGACACCGGCUCCGGGUUAUGGCCAUGAACAGCGCCAUGGACACCACGGAGCUGCUGGGGGGCUUCGAACAGGUCGAUAUUAUGAGGCCAUGGCAACAAGUGCUGGAAAGCGUGGACUACAUAGUUGCCAUGGUAAUAAGGCGUGGCCUGAUGUCGCUGGAUGUUGGCAUCCAGGACACAGAGUUCCUACUGCAGACGUGGGGUCUGUUCUGCCAUUGGCUGAAGGAGGAGGGCCUGCAGAGAGGCGGGGGGAGCAUCAACUCAGAGGCACUGAACAAGCUGGAGGUCAUCAUCCUCCUUCUGCAGAAACUCAACACCAAGCUCAAAGUCUUCACUGACAUGUCCAAACUGCAGACGGACUUCACGCUGCUGAAGGAGCGCCUGGCUCAGCUGGAGGACGGCUGGACAAACGGAGGCUUCGAGUGGUUGGACGGGAUGCUGGUCCAGGCCCUGCAGGCCGGGGACUGGCUGCUCAUGGACAACGUCAACUUCUGCAGUGCGUCUGUCCUGGAUCGCCUCAACGCUCUGCUCGAGCCCGGCGGAUCGCUCACCAUCAACGAACGCGGCGUCAUAGACGGGAAAACCCCCAAAAUCAGCCCACAUCCUAACUUCAGGCUGUUCCUGACCAUGGACCCUGUGCAUGGGGAGCUCUCCAGAGCCAUGAGGAACAGAGGGGUGGAGGUGUACAUCCCAGGGGAACAUGAGGGGGUCUGCUGGGACACACUGGACCUGAAGACCCUUCUUCACACUGCAGGAGUGACCGGGGACUGUGUGUGUGAUCUGCUGAUUGAAAUACAUAAAAGCAUCAAAUCUGCCAUUUGGGAUUCGCCCGCCUCCUCAGUGGCUUCCCUGCUCCAUGCUGCGUCGCUGCUGUCCUGCCAGCUGCAGCGAGGUGUAGAUCUACCCAGCGCCCUGCAGCACGCCUGUGGAGAGGCCUACUCGCUCUGCCAACGCACCACCGCCAGCCUCAAGCACGCCCAGCAGCUAAUAGAGCAGCACUUGGCCAUCCUGGACACCGAGGACUGGGGCAGUGGGCUGCUGUGUGCUGGGGUGUGGCCUGACGGCUUCCCCUCUGCCCUCCUCUCCACCGAGGAUUCCUGCUUCUCCGCUGUCCUCCGAGAUGGACAGGUCCUCUCGUUUUGCCUCAACACCCUCAGCCUGCAGGGCAAACGGAGUCGGCCACUGAGUCUGAGUGACCUGCAGAGGGCGCUGCAGAGCAGUGGUGUCCAUGAAGGCCUGGUGUUCUCUGGAGGAGUGGUGGAUCUGGCCGAUGGGGACACUCUGAGGCUGAUCCCUACAGCAGUGAGACUGCUAACGGAGAGGGCCUCUCACGGAGACUGGAUCCUCCGUAGCAGCUGGCUCUCACACCUGGGCAGGAGCUACAAAUAUGCCCCUGACCCGGCUCUGGUCCAGGUGGAGGCAGGAAACCGGGCUCUGAAGGCGGUGUUUGGGAGCAAACUUGCUGCCAAGGGCAAGUCACUAGCAGAGCUGCUCCAGCCUCACAGCAAAGAUGAAUACAGGAUUCUGGUGGACAUGCGAUGGAACAAGCAAUACCUGGAUAUUUUAGCUAACAAGUGCAGCUUUGAGGACGAGGAGAGAUACACAGAGUUCCUGGAGGCACUGAACGCAGUUGCUAACAGGAUUGUUCUGAUGAUGGACAGAGAGGAGAGGUCUGUCAUCUGCACCUGUGCUAUCAACCUGUCUGCUCAGAACUGUGCCCUGAGAAUAGCCACAGCCUUCAGCAAAGGCACUGUGGAUAUUGGUCACCUGCCCCACCCAGUGCUCAUGCAUCUGCGCACCUUCUUUGACCUGUGGGACUCGUUCACCCUGCAGGCUGUGCAGAGCGGCCAACCCACCAUCUCGGACCACAUCAUGUUCGAGAUCCUGCAGCUGCUGCAAUGGCUCGAUCGGUUCUGGGAUGUGUGUAGCACGCUGGCGGCGGACUCUCAGGGCAUCUCGGUGCUGUCUCUACACUGGCAGUGGGUCCAGAAACACCUGAUCCUCCGACUGCCCCAGCUGCUGCUGGGAGACACUGAAGCCACAUUCCAAGGUCAGCAGGAGCUGCAGGCGGUCUCUGCAGCCAUCCAGACGGUUCUGUCCACCCCGGUGUCUGUGGCCACAGCUCUAAAGGGCAUCCAGAAAACCCUCGGGAAAGCUCUGCCAUUCAAGUUGGAAUCAGUGGCUGAGUGUGCGUCUCGGCUCCGGCUCCUGAGUAAAGCCCUGGAUGUGAGCGAUCUGAGGCUGGACGCCAGCACAGGUCCCUGGAGGCAGGAGCUGGUCCAACUUCAGGGUGCCGGGCUCGGGCUGGACAUCAAAGAGAGUCUGCUAGAGGCCUGGGGCCUUGUUCUGCUGGCCAACAACCAGCUGGAUCCACACAAGACUGGAGUGUUGGAGAGGUUGGUGUCGAGUGUGGAGCAGCAGCAGCGUCAGAUGAAGCAGAGAGGACUGCUGGAGCUCAGCUCCCUGCCUGAGGGCGAAGAGCCCGGAGCCGGAGUCCAGCUGGCCAGAGAGGAGCUACAGCAGCUGGGUCGCUGGGCGCAGCUCUGGCCCCUGAUGGAGCAGCUGGCUGUCCUCAACCAGCUGCGCCUCAGCACGGACCUGCUGCACCUGGCGCUCUCGCCUGGUGACCAGGAGGCCGAGGACAGCUUACGUCCUGAACUCUCCAGACAUCUGCGCUACUGCCUCCAGUCCACAGCCAUGAAUGUCAGCCAGCUGCAGCCGCUCUGGUUCCUGCUCAGCAGCGACAGGCCGGCUGAGGAGCUGCAGUUUGUGUGGUGUGAGCUGCUGUCAGAGGCCCUGGCUGCCCUGUGGACCUGCAGUGUGACCUCUGACCCCAACCUCUGGCUGAAAUGGGACCCACUAAGUCCCAGGACCCAGCCAGCGCCAAAGCUGCACCACGGAGCAGACAACAUGGGACCGGCCUUGCUUAGUAAAGCCGUGUGGUCGUAUUGUAUGAUGGGAGUGCUCUGCAGCAGUGAUCCUGGAGGGGGGUGGGAUCCAUCAGGGGCAGCCCUCCUCUCCCUGUCCGAUGUCACCCUGGGGGAAUGGAAGGAGAGGAUCCAGCAGCUGCAGGAUGUGUCUGCUGUGUUGUGGGACAAUAUGGCCGUCCCUGCAUUGGCUGAGUUCAGGGGCACAGACUUCCGGCUCCAGGGCGAGGUCCUGCGCCGCCAGCUUCAGAGCAUGGCAGACUUGCUGCCUCCCAGUCUGCAGGAGGGCUACAUGGAGAGCUGUGAGAGCCUGGUGGAGGACCCGGACCCUCUGAUAGCUGCCCAGGAGAUCCAGACCGUCUUCAGAGACUUCCUGCCUCAGAAUGUGCUCCCUGACGGCCUGGUGGAGGCCUGCAUCACCUGCCUGCAGCAGUACGUCCAGAGCAAGGUCCAAGGCUCUAACCCACCGGCCCGCUCCGGUGUGUUCUGGGUCAACAUGGGCCUGCUGCAGAUCAAGGUCUGGACACCACAGACCAUCUUUGACCCAGCGGUGAAGAGGGCCUACAAACUCAACUACGCACAGCAGGAGCUGGCUCUGCUGCAGGAGGAGUGGAGAGGACGCAGCCUGUCAUCCCAGCUGAUGACGGGCGCAGAGCUGGAGGAGAGCAGCACCACUGAUGGCUUCCAGCAUCCUCGGAUCAGGUACCUGUGGAUCCGCAUGCAGCAAGUGAAGGAGCAGAUAGCUGAGCUCUCCAGGAAGCAGGCCUGUCGCCCUCAUGACGCCCAGUAUGGCCGCCUGUUCCAGGAGCUGCAGCACUACCUGUGCAGCGUCGGCCAGGCGUCUGCUGUGGAAGACCUGCUGUCCCACCUGCUGAAGGCUCUGCAGGGCUCCCUCUCCUCCUCCAGGUCUCGCUCAACGGUGCAGGGCCUGCUGAAGGAAGAGGCUGUGUGGCAGAACUCCCAGAAGCACAUCUGCCAGAGGCUGCUGGAGGACUACCCCCUGUACCCCGAUGUGGUUGGGCCGGUGCGGACCGGCAUCCUCCAACUGCGGCACGGGAUGAGGCUGGUGGCCUCUCAAGUGUCCGCCUUGCUCACACCUGUUCCCGGUCUGCCCAAGUUGGUGUCCUGCCUGCUGGCCUUCCCUUCCCUCUCCCCUAGCCUGCCGUCCUAUCUGGCUCGGGCAGACUUCCUCUGCUCCAGAGCCUGCAUGGACAGUCUGCGCUGCCUGGGGAAGCUCCUGCCCCAGCAGAAAGACCCCGAGCAUGUGGUCCCCAAGUCCUCCACUCUGCUCCUCAACGCUUUGCUGUAUGUGCAGUGCCACACCCUGUCCACAGGGGAGUUCAGCCCCGAGACACGCAGCCUCUUCAGACACAUCUGUCAGGCUCUGGUGAACGAGUGGGACGAGCAGGAGAGACAAAAGAGAGAGCGAGAGCAGAUGGAGGCAAGUCUGUACCGCAACCGCAGUCGACUGCAUGGCUCGGGACUGACUGAGGACGAGCAGGAGGAGAGGGACUUCAGACGCCAGUUCCCUCAGUUUAACAAGGACUUUGCAGACAUCAUGUCCCAGCCCAGCUUGGAGGGACCAGCAGACUCUGGGCUCCAGGACGAGGAGGAGGAAGCCCAGGGAGAGCCCAGUGAGAGCAGCUUUCUGUCUCCAGCUGCCAUGAACACCGUGGUCCAGGUCCAUCAGUGCCUCUGCCUGGGACAUGCCCAGUCCAUGUGGUACCAGGGCACAAAACCAGCCAAUCACAGCAGCGAACACAUCAAAGCCCUGGUCUCCUCCUAUCAGAUUGCUUCCCCUGUGAUGUCACGCUUCUAUCAUCUGAUUGAUGCUGAGCUGGACCAGCAGCUGACAGGCAGUGAACUGCUGCUCUCCACCCUGCUGCAGAACACCGUGCAGGGCUCGGGGGGGCCUGAGAGUCUGGCUUUUGCACCAGAAGGACCGUAUGACUUCUACCAGCAGCCCAACAUGAGCCAGGCCCGUCUCUGCCUUCCUGUCCUGGAGCAGCUGAGUGGGGCAGUGAAGCAGAGGCUGGACGACUGGCCCGAGCACCCAGCCCUCUUACAGCUGUCUGUGGUUGUGGAGAGAAUCAUGACCUUCAGUCUGGCCAGUCCACUGGCCAAGUUCCUUAACGGUUUGGAGAUCCUGCUCAGUAAAGCACAGGACUGGGAGAACAACGCCAGCCGCUCAGUCUCUCUACGGAAGGAACUGGAACCAGUCACACAGCUCAUUAUCCAGUGGCGCAAACUGGAGCUCAGCUGCUGGUCGAGCAGUCUGGACAACGCAAAGAAGCGGCACACUGAGAAAUCAACCAAACACUGGUUCUCUAUCUACCAGCUGGUGGGGAGAUAUCUGGAGGAACAGGGGAUGGACACUAAAACAGACGAGGAGGUGGAGCACCUCUCCCUGUCCUCAGUGUCCUCCACCCUGCAGGCCUUCAUGGAGGGCUCCACCCUGGGAGAGUUCCACAGCCGCUUGGCCAUGGUGCUCAGCUUCCACUGCCACCUCCUGCUGCUACCCAGCCAGCCUGGACAGGAAUCACUGUCCAGUCUGUUUUGGAACCUGCACAAAUACUACAGUCAGUUCUCUGACUGCAUCCACACCAGAAUCAGUCAGCUGAGAGCGCCCAUCGAGAAGGAGCUCAAGGACUUUGUCAAGAUCUCCAAGUGGAACGAUGUCAGCUUCUGGUCCAUUAAACAGUCUGUGGAGAAGACGCAUCGGACUCUCUUCAAGUUUGUCAAGAAGUUUAUGGAGGCUCUGAGUGGUCCGAGUGUUGCCGCACUGGUGGAGCAGGGAAGCAGCGCCAGCUUGGACAGUGUGGAUGCCAACCCAGAGGAAACCCCCCUCCAUCGGGUUCACAGGGCACUGAAGAGCACCCUGCCUGGGAAGGGCAGAGAUCUGCAGCAGGAAGGCCCGGAGGAAGGAGUUGAAGCUUCGUCUCUGCAGGGACGUCUGCCCAUUCUGUCCAGGAAGAUGAAGAAACUUUGCGUCCAGCUGCAGAAGAAAAAUCCAGUGCCUGAUCUGGCUGAAGACCUAGACUACUUCACUGGCGAGGUCAUCAGCAACCUGCGGGACUUGCAGAACCUCAGCAUCGACACAACGGCAGAGAAAGAGAAGCAGAAAUCUGAGGUCAAGCACAUCCUGCAGCAGAAGCAGAGAGCUCUGUCAGACCUGUUCAAGAUGCUCAGAGAAAUAGGUCUGUCCUACCGUAAAGGUCUGACGUGGAACAGGACUGCAGACCCAGAGCAAACCCUCUGCAUGCAUCCCCUGGAGAUGAGCACCGCUCUGCCUGCUGUCAGGAACCAGGAGCAGGCCGAGAGCGUGCUGUUUACAGAGUUGCUGACAGCGUGGGAUGGAUGUCAGAAGUACUUCUACCGUUCGUGGGCCAGGAGAACUAGCAUGCAGACUGCUCUGCAGCAAGCUGCCAAGGAGCUGGGUCUGGGGAACAUAGAGCGCUGUAGAGGUUUCUCCUCUCACCUUUUCAAGCUGCUGCUCAAACAGAGGCAACGACUGGCCACGCUCACUGAGCACUGGCUCCAUCUCAGGAGGCUGACAGACAGCGUCCAGGGCGUCAAGGCCCACCUCCAGAGCCACUGUGAGGACGCAGGCUGCACCCUCCCGCCCCAGGCCCCUCUGCAGGGCUGGGUGAGCCGGGGCCAGGCGCUAGCUGCGCAAUGCACCACCCUGCUGCAGCAGCUGGCCUGGCUGCUGCAGUGCUGCCCGGAGGACCUGCAGCAGAAGGAGGAGGCGAGCAGCUGGAGGCAGCACACCCUGAGGUGCCCGUCCCCGCUGGCAGCUCAGCGCCAGCCUCCUGGCUGUCUGCUGAGGAGGGGAGACACCGACUGGUGCCAGUUACACCAGCGCAUGAAUGCAAUGCUGAAGCAGACUCAAAGCCUGAAGCUGGAGCUGGACUCUGUGGCACAGCAGACGUCGGGCAGAGUGCUCCACACAUGGAAUCAUUUUGUGACGUGCAGCUCUGCCUUUGAGCAGCUGGGAGUGGUCGUGGCUCAGAUGCCCGUCAUGGAGCAGCUCUUUACCCCGGCCGUGUGUGUCGGCAGCGCAGCCAGCCAGCCGGCCAUUGUCCAGAGCCUGCACUAUGUCAGGGGACAGGUGGAGGCCAGCAUCAACGAGUUUAACGCCUGGAAGAGCCAGCUGCUCUCCCUGGGACAGCAGCACGCAGAUCAGCAGCCUGCCUUCUGUGCUGAGUUCUCUGCUGAGCUGGAGACAACCAUCAGCACAGUGCUGUGUGCUGUCCAGACACUGGUGAAGAAAAGGGAGAGAGAGCAACAAGGAGAGCAGCAUGGAGACGCCCCAAGAGAGGGUGCUGGAGAGGAGGGGGAGGAUGCAGACCCUGUGGAGGAGCUGCUGAAGCCUGGUCACCUGACUCGACUCCUGGAGGAGGAGCUGGCAGCAGAGGUGGAGGCUCUGUGUGUGGAAGAUGUUAGCAGCCGGCUAGAGAGGCUGCUGAGCCAGCUGAGGACACAGCGUGACUCAUGUCCACCACCACAGCUCCAGGAGGUGAGCCGAGCGUGCAGGCUGCUGGUGCAGCUGGAGCCCCUGCUGGCCGUGUACAGUGACCUGGUGCGCUACUAUGUGGCUGUGUCUCUGGGUGCGCACCGCAGCACAGGCAAGCUGCUGUCUGUGCUGGCCAGCAUCUUCACCGAGCUCGCCCACAAGGGAUUCUGCCUGCCUCAGGAGCUGGCGGCCGGCGGAGACGGAGAAGGUGCCACGGAGUUCCACGACUAUGAGGGCGGAGGUAUUGGAGAGGGCGAGGGCACCAAAGACGUCAGUGACAAGAUAGAGAAUGAAGAUCAGGUGGAGGACACUUUCCAGGAGGGUCAGGAAAAGGAGGAAGAGCAGGAUAAAGGGGAUAUCAAAGCGGAGGACAAUGCUAUCGAGAUGUCAGAGGACUUUGAUGGCCAAAUGCAUGAUGGGGAGGAAAAAGAACCAGGUGAUGAUGAUGACUCAGCUAAAGAGGAGGACGAGGAGCUGGAUAAAAAGAUGGGGGACCUGGGCGAGGGACAGACGGACACUCUGGAUGAGAGAAUGUGGGGGGAUGAUGAGGAUGAUGAUCAGGAGGAAGGAAGUGAGCAGGAGGAAGAGUCUGGCCAGGGCAUGGACCAGGGGGAAUCAGAGCUGGUUGCUAAGGAUGACAACUUGGACGCUGCAGACCCAAACAAAGACAAGAAUACCCAGGACAAAGAUGAGCAGAUGGACGUGGAGGAGAAAGAGAAAAUCAACGAGCAAGGAGAUGAGCGGGAGUUUGAUGAGAAUGAAGUGGACCCCUACCACGGUCAGCAGGACAAGAGACCUGAGCCCGAGGCCCUGGAUCUGCCUGAGGACCUGAACCUGGACAAGGAUGAGGAGGCGGGGGACAAUGAGGAGGGCGAGGAUGUUGAGGAGAAUCCGUUGGACAUUGAUGACAAAGGCACGGCACUGGACGAGAAAGAGGACAGAGAGAAAGAUGGAGGCGAGGAGGAGGAGGAAGCAGAGAAGAUGGAGGAGGAGCAGACGGAGCAGCCAGGAGAGAAGAGCGGCCAGGAGCCCAGGACUGAAGAGGAGGAGGGGGGAGAGGGAGAGGAGGGAGGAGAUAAAGCCGAGGGAGACGAGGAGUCUUCUGAGAAAGAUGAAGAGGAGAAGGAGGAAGAGGAGAGAGGACAAGAGGCGGGAAAAGAUGAAGAUCUGACUAUUCCCAAUGACAAAGGACAGGACCCAAAGGAGGAAGAGGGAGGAGAUGAGGAUGAGGAGGAGCAGCCGGAGUCAGCUGAGAGGAAGGAGCACGACACGGCGGGCCAGACUGGAGAGCAGAGCCUUCAGAGUGAUACAGCUGUGGAGCUGGCAGGAGAGGCGGCCGAGAGAGAACAGGCUAAAGAGGAGCAUGGGAGCGGAGCCGCUGAUGCCAGCCAAUCAGAGGGCCACCACUCAAAGCUGACCGCAAGAAUGGCUUCACAAACACAGACGCAGAACAAGACUCAGAGCUUCAAGAGGAAACCUGGUCAGGCGGACAACGAGCGCUCCACAGGCGACUACAACGAGCGAGUGAAUAAGCGUCUGCGUACGGUAGAGAGCAGGAAGGAUCACUCUGAGGAUGGCAGGCAGACCGACGCCCAGCAGGAGUCUGACCUGUACGAACACAUCAGGCAGGGAGAGACGGCCUACGACACGCAGACAUACGAUGUUGCCAGUGCAGACCAGCAGAAAGCAGCCGGGCCUCAUCAGGACCAGGAAGAAGAUCAGAAUGAUGAGGACAUCGCCAUGGAAACAGAGAAGCAAGAAGAGGAGCUGCAGGUGGCUGAGGUCCAGGAGCUGAAGCCUGAGCAGCUGGACUCCAAGGCCUCCCACACAGGUGUAGACAGUGGGGAGAUGGAUGUGCAGAGGCAGGGGGAGGAGGAGGAGGAGGAAAAGUGGAAGGACCGACUAAAACCCAGAGAAGAAGGGCGAGCAGACAGACACAGAGAAUCCACCAUUCACACAGUUCCUGAGCUGCUGUUGGACACCAUGCAGAAAGCAGAGAGAGAUCCCGAGGAGCUGAGGAGGGAGAUGGAGCUGCAGCUGGAGGCCUGGCACCACCUGGCUCCAGGAACUCAGGAGGAGGAGAGUGCAGCAGCAUCCAUGUGGCACCAGUACCAGACUCUGACCUCGGCUCUUUCCCAGCAGCUGUGUGAGCAGCUCCGCCUCAUCCUGGAGCCCACACAGGCCGCCAAACUCAAAGGGGACUAAAGACCACAGGGAAGUGUCCAAAC